GUUAUUCCCAUUACCGUCAAUAUAUUAUAGGGUUUUCGCGCUGGUUCGGUAUUCCCUGAGCUCCGACUUCCCCAUCCUCCGGCUCCCGCUUCUCUUCCCCCUCUUCCCGAUCCCUUUCUUGACCAGCGGUUGCGGUAAUCAAAUCUACUAGCCGUGCAACGGUAUGGAUCGAUACCAGAGAUUCGAGAAGCCGAUGCCUGAGACCGCCAUUAACGAGAACGAGAUUCGGAUCACCUCUCGUGGCCUCAUCCGCAAUUACGUUAGCUAUGCCACCAGCCUUCUUCAGAACAAUCGUGGAAAACAUGAAGCGGAAAUUGUGUUGAAGGCAAUGGGACAGGCGAUUAGCAAGGCCGUUGUAAUUGCAGAGAUCCUAAAGAAAAGAAAUCCUGGAUUGCACCAAGAUUCAAUUAUCAGUUCAGUCAGCAUUACAGAUUUAUGGGAACCUCUUGAGGAUGGCCUUUUACCAUUGGAAACAACAAGGCAUGUCUCAAUGAUUUCAAUCUUUUUGUCAACUAAGGUGCUUAACAAGAAUUCUCCUGGGUAUCAGCCCCCAUUACUAUCAGAACAGGCGAAGCAACCAAAAUAUCAGUGGCCUACGUAUUCUAAUCAGCUUCCAAGACAAUCACCUGUUCAAUACGAUGGUGAUUCAUUUGGGCAAGGACGUAGAGGAAGAGGAAGUGGAUGGGUCCGAGGCGGAUAUAGAGAACAUGGAGGGUAUGAAGAUCAUGAAGGGUAUGGUGGAUAUACAAACAACCGGGGAUAUCCAAGCAAACAAGGAUAUGCAAACAACCAAAAAUAUCCAAGCAACCAGGGACAUGCAGACAAUCAAGAUGUUGGAUACGAACGAGGCAGAGGAGGAGGUGGGAGAGGCUAUGCCAACGGACGAGGUAGGGUGGGCGGCCGCGGGAGGGGAAAUCAGGUCUUCUAAGGAGUGUAGAUGGGACUGAGCUGUUCAUGUGUGAGAUAUGGCUGCCCUCCUCCUUCAUCAUAUUCCUUUUGAUAAAGAGGAGGGGUAUGUUUCCAUUAUACUGUAAGUACUACAAGCCCUGUAUGGUUUCUGAAUGUACUGUAGCAUAAUGGCUGCAAUGGGUUUCUACCUUAUCCCAUUGCCAUUUAAGAGUUCCAGUGCGUGUAUUCAAUAUCCACAAAUUUGCAUUCUUUUUUUAUUGUUUACAUCAUAUAAUGUUUAUGGAUAUCUGGGUUUAAAGGUAUACACAUUCUUUGUUUUUUCA